AUGGAGUGGCAACCUGAUGAACAAAGUCUCCAACAAGUGCUCCAGCUUCUCAAGGACUCCCAGUCUCCAGACACGGCAACACAAAGAGCAGUGCAAGAAAAACUGGAGCAACUUAACCAGUUUCCGGAUUUCAACAACUAUCUCAUCUUUGUCCUCACAAGCCUAAAGUCAGAGGAUGAGCCUACUCGCUCGCUCAGUGGCCUGAUACUGAAGAACAAUGUUAAGGCUCACUAUCAGAACUUCCCUCCCAAUGUAGCUGACUUUAUCAAACGUGAAUGUCUCAACAACAUUGGAGAUCCUUCACCGCUUAUUAGAGCUACAAUUGGUAUCUUGAUCACAACCAUAGCUUCGAAAGGGGAGCUACAAGCAUGGCCGGAACUGUUGCCGCAGCUUUGCAAUCUUCUGAAUUCGGAGGAUUACAACACCUGUGAGGGCUCAUUUGGAGCUUUGCAGAAGAUAUGCGAAGACUCUUCUGAGCUGUUGGACAGCGACGCACUGAAUAGACCACUUAACAUUAUGAUUCCUAAAUUCCUGCAGUUUUUCAAACACUGCAGCCCCAAGAUCAGGUCCCACGCUAUAGCAUGUGUGAACCAGUUCAUUAUUAGUCGUGCUCAGGCUCUGAUGGAUAAUAUAGACACCUUCAUUGAGAGUCUGUUCGCGCUGGCAGGUGAUGAAGACAGUGAAGUGCGGAAGAACGUGUGCAGGGCUCUGGUGAUGCUGUUGGAAGUCCGCAUUGACCGUCUCAUCCCUCACAUGCACAGUAUCAUCCAGUACAUGCUGCAGCGGACCCAAGACCCAGAUGAGAACGUGGCUCUGGAGGCCUGUGAAUUCUGGUUGACUCUAGCUGAGCAGCCAAUCUGUAAAGAGGCCCUGUCAGGCCACUUGGUCCAACUCAUCCCGAUCUUGGUGAAUGGGAUGAAAUACUCUGAAAUAGAUAUUAUUCUUCUAAAGGGUGAUGUAGAGGAAGAUGAGGCAAUUCCAGACAGUGAACAAGACAUCAAACCUCGCUUUCACAAGUCCCGCACUGUCACACUACAGCAUGAAGGAGGGGAGGGAGAGGAAGGAGAAGACAUUGAUGAUGAUGAGGACGAUGAUGAUGAUACGUUGUCUGACUGGAACCUACGGAAAUGUUCUGCUGCAGCACUGGAUGUUCUGGCCAAUGUGUUCCGAGAAGAGCUGCUUCCUCAUCUCCUGCCCCUACUGAAAGGUCUGCUCUUCCACCCCGACUGGGUCAUCAAAGAGUCAGGCAUCCUUGUCCUCGGGGCCAUUGCUGAGGGAUGCAUGCAGGGGAUGGUACCUUACUUGCCGGAACUCAUCCCACAUCUCAUACAAUGUCUGUGUGACAAGAAAGCCCUGGUUCGUUCCAUCGCAUGCUGGACACUCAGUCGUUACGCACACUGGGUAGUCAGCCAGCCUCCUGACGCUCACCUCAAACCUCUUAUGACUGAGCUUCUCAAACGCAUCCUGGAUGGCAAUAAAAGAGUGCAAGAAGCGGCCUGCAGCGCAUUUGCCACCCUUGAGGAGGAGGCAUGCACAGAACUAGUGCCUUACCUCAGCUUCAUCUUGGACACGCUGGUAUUUGCUUUUGGGAAGUACCAACACAAGAACCUACUCAUUCUUUAUGAUGCCAUAGGAACCCUAGCGGACUCUGUUGGACACCAUUUGAACCAACCUGAGUACAUACAAAAGUUGAUGCCUCCCCUGAUCUCUAAGUGGAAUGAAUUGAAGGAUGAAGAUAAAGAUCUCUUCCCCCUGCUUGAGUGUCUGUCAUCUGUUGCUACGGCUCUGCAAAGCGGCUUCCUCCCCUACUGCGAGCCUGUCUACCAGCGUUGUGUCACAUUGGUACAGAAGACCCUGGCACAGGCCAUGAUGUAUAGUCAGCAGCCCGAUCAGUAUGAGGCACCUGACAAGGACUUCAUGAUUGUGGCUUUGGAUCUUCUAAGUGGCCUCGCUGAAGGAUUGGGUGGACACGUGGACAAACUUGUGGCUCACAGCAACAUUAUGACUCUGCUCUUCCAGUGCAUGCAGGUGCGACUUGCAGAUACAAUGCCUGAAGUAAGACAGAGUUCAUUUGCUCUACUGGGCGACUUGACCAAGGCUUGUUUUCCUCAUGUCAAACCUUGCAUUGCUGAAUUCAUGCCAAUUCUCGGAACCAACCUGAACCCAGAGUUCAUCUCGGUCUGCAACAAUGCCACCUGGGCAAUUGGAGAGAUAUGCAUGCAGAUGGGUGUGGAGAUGCAGCCGUACAUUCCAAUGGUUUUGAGCCAGUUGGUUGAAAUCAUCAAUCGACCAAACACUCCCAAGACCCUGCUCGAAAACACUGCAAUCACUAUCGGAAGACUUGGCUACGUGUGUCCCCAGGAAGUUGCACCCAUGCUGCCGCAGUUUAUCCGACCAUGGUGUACAUCACUCCGCAACAUCCGAGAUAAUGAAGAGAAAGACUCUGCUUUCCGGGGAAUUUGCAUGAUGAUUGGUGUAAAUCCAGGAGGUGUGGUACAGGACUUCAUCUUCUUCUGUGAUGCAGUUGCCUCUUGGGUGAACCCCAAAGAUGAUCUGAGAGAUAUGUUCUAUAAGAUCCUGCACGGAUUUAAGGAACAGGUUGGGGAAGAGAACUGGCAGCAGUUCUCAGAGCAGUUCCCCCCUCUGCUGAAGGAGCGACUGGCGGCCUGCUACGGUGUAUAA